GAUGCGUGGCUGCGUUCAUAUAUAUAACAUGAUGGCAAUGCAUGAGGAAGCUGUUGCUCUUGCUCUGCAGAUUGAUCCAGAGCUAGCAAUGGCUGAAGCUGACAAGGUUGAAGAUGACGAAGACUUGAGAAAGAAGCUUUGGCUAAUGGUUGCCAAGCAUGUUAUUGAGCAGGAAAAGGGAACUAAAGGGGAGAAUAUAAGAAAGGCAAUAGCAUUUCUCAAGGAAACAUAUGGCCUACUAAAGAUUGAAGACAUAUUGCCAUUCUUUCCCGACUUUGCCUUAAUCGAUGACUUCAAGGAGGCAAUUUGCUCCUCACUGGAUGAUUACAACAAGCAAAUUGAGCAACUGAAGCAGGAGAUGAAUGAUGCAACACACGGUGCAGACAACAUUAGAAAUGAUAUUAGUGCAUUAGCUCAGAGAUAUGUUGUGGUUGACCGCGAUGAGGAUUGUGGGGUCCGUAGGCGUAAAAUUUUGGCCAUUGACGGGGACUACAGAAUGGCUAGCGGGUAUACAGCUGUAGGGACGAUGGCUCCUUUCUAUGUCUUUCCUUGUGGACAUGCAUACCAAUGUAUCUCAAGCGGAAUACAUACUGGAUUUGCAUAAGCAACUAACUUUACUUAGCGGCGAAGUCCGAAGGGAAUCAAAUGGUGGUAUGACAAACGAAGCCAUUACUAGCGUCAGCCCUACCGAUAAGCUCCGAUCCCAGUUAGAUGAUGCAGUGGCCAGUGAAUGCCCAUUUUGCGGCGAGUUAAUGAUCCGUGAAAUCUCUUUGCCUUUCAUCAUGCCGGAGGAUGCCCAGAUGGUCAAUUCAUGGGAGAUAAAACCACAAAACCUUGGAAACCAAAGAAGCUUUUCUUUGCCUGUAUGAUUGGAUUAUGUAUGUCCAUCGACAUGUUCCGGUCCAUCCGCACCGAGCCAUCCUAUGGCCGGUUAUGUAGUUUUCGAGCCUUCUCAGCAUCACUUGAGUCUCAAUGGUUUGCUUAUCUCGUGUAAUUUAUUCGUAUUUAUGUUUUUUCCCUUUCCCUUUUCGUAUUUAUUGUAUUGGUUGCAUUU